AUGAAGCGCUUUUUCAAGCGACCAGGAACCAACUCCGGUGAGAGUACCCCGGACCAUGCCGAGGACUCGCCUGAAGGCAUUCUCCUGCGAGAGAUCGCCACUUUCUGUGAAGCUCCUAUCAGCGGGCCUUCGGGCAAUGAAUUCGUCCACCUACCCAAGAUCGUCGAGAGCGCCGAGUCGAGUCCCGCCGCGGCGAAGGAAGCUGCCGCCCGCAUUCGCAGAUACCUGUCCACCCCGAACAGCACUCCAAACAGUACCCAGUACAAUGCGAUCAUGCUCAUGCGCAUUCUCGUGGAUAAUCCCGGCCAUAGCUUCACCCGCAACUUCGAUGCCAAAUUUGUCGCCACCUUGAAAGAUCUUCUCCGCUACGGACGGGACUGGCAUGUCCAGCACUACCUGCGCCAGUAUCUGAAUACGCUUGAGGGUACCAAGGCCGACGACCAGGACCUCCAAUUGCUUCUACAGAUGUGGGCAAAGGAGAAGACAAAGAGUAACCGGAACUUUAUUGACCCAUUCCCCCAGGCAAGCAACAACCAGGCACCUGCGGGAUAUCCACCUCAGAACAACCGUCCUCUCCAUCCUCCACCCGGCAAUCAAUUACCAGAUGCAGGCGAACUCGCAGCGCGUGUUGAGGAAGCACGAAACUCGGCAAAGCUGCUCACGCAGUUUGUCCAGACAACGCCACAAGCCGAGCUCGAAGAGAACGAUCUCAUCAAAGAGUUCGUCGACCGCUGCCGAACUUCUUCACGGUUGCUUCAAUCCUUUAUUCACGCCACCAACCCAUCUCCUGACGAAGAUACUCUCCUCACUCUCAUCGAAGCCAAUGACGAGAUCUCCGUCGCCAUGUCGCAACAGCAGCGUGCUAUGCUAAAGGCCCGCAAAGCCCGCGGCGCCUUGAGCCCUACCUCCUCCAAUGUCAACAGUCCCUCUCCCACCACCAGCGAAAACGUUGCUUCUCCUAGCCCGCGUCCCGCCUCUUUGGACCCGGGAUAUCGGUUAUCCAGAAGCCCAGAGCAGCAAUCUGCGCCGCUCGUCGAGCUUUCCUCCAUGUCUGAUACAGUGAUGUCCGGCGGCCGGCCAAACGCACCGAGAACCAACACUACUGAAUACGACUCUGCCGAUUUCGAGGUGCAGAAUCCCUUUGCUGAUGACUUUGCUGCGAGUGAGGGCAAUGAGCGGCGCCAGCAUCCUUUGAUGUCGAAUCCGCCUGAGACACGGGUGUCUUUCCCGCCCACGGAGCAUGAGCGUUGA